AUGGACGGCUUAUUUAAACCGCCGGAUCCCCUCGUUUUGGACGGCAAUAUUUCAGAAAAUUGGCGUAAGUUUGAACAAAGAUUUGACCUUUUCCUUGUAGCAGCUGACCUAGACAAAAAAGCUGAAGGAAAGAAAGUAGCAGUUUUUCUCAAUGUGAUUGGCGAGGAUGCAUUGGAAUUAUACAAUACAUUUACAUUUACCGAAGAGGAAAAGAAAGAGAAGACCUUGACCCUGAUAAAGCAAAAAUUUACGGAAUACUGUUCGCCAAAGAAAAAUGUAAUCUUCGAACGCUUCAAAUUCAACAGCAUAGUUCAGGCAGAAGGACAAACCUUUGAUAAUUUCUUGACAGAUCUACGAAAAGCAGUACAAACCACAGAAUAUUCUGAUCCAGAUGAUAUGAUACGAGAUAGAAUCGUCAUGGGAAUCAAGAACAAGAUAGUACAAGAAAGAUUACUACGAGAAGCCGACAUCACGUUACAGAAAACCAUUGAUUUCUGUAGGGCCUCUGAAGUAAGCAAGAAUCAGUCCAAGGUACUACAGCAAGAAGUUGACGUGAGCACUGUUAAACAAGCAACGCUAAAGUGUAAAUACUGUGGGUACAAGCACGCACCUAAAAAAUGUCCUGCCUUCAAGAAGACCUGCGCGAAAUGCCAAGGAAAAAAUCAUUUUGCUUCCGUGUGUACGCGUGAAAAGGCAACCAAUGAAACCAAGAAGUACACAAAGAAAAGGAAGGAUGUACAUGAAGUGUCUGGAACGGAAGAUCAUCAACUCUGUGGAAGUGAAGAGAGUGGCGAAAGUGAAUGCGAGUUUUACGUGAGUGCAAUUAAAAGGGAAGCACAUAAAGAGUCCAUGUGGUUCAAGAAAGUGGAAAUCUGUGGCAAGUCGAUAAACUUUAAAUUAGACACGGGUGCCGAGGUGAGCGUACUACCAGUAAAUAUUUUAGAAACGUUACCUAAAUGUAGGAUCGAGAAGUCAAAUGUAUCUUUAGUUUCUUAUGGAAGUACAAAAUUUAAAAUUACUCCUGUUGGUGAAGCUGAACUGAAAUGUAAGGUAAACAAGUACGUGUGUAAUAUUAAGUUUGUAAUUGUCGAUACUAGAGAUCAAAUGCCAUUACUAGGAUUGCAAGAUUGUAUUAGAUUGCAUUUAAUUAAGCGAGUGGAUGAAUUACAGGCUAGUUUUAAAUCAUCCGAAGAUGUAGUGAAUAGGUUUCCUAGUGUAUUUCAGGGGUUAGGAACAUUUCCUAACAAGCAUCAUAUAACGUUAAAUGAAAAUGUAAGUCCUACAGUUGCACCUAUUAGGCGUGUCCCUCAAAUUUUACAUAAUCGUUUAAAAUUAAAAUUAGAGGAGUUAGAGAAAUCAAAUAGUAUUAGAAAAGUAGAGCACCCUACUGAGUGGCUUCAACCGCUAGUAAUUGUAGAAAAACCUAAUGGAGAUUUAAGACUGUGCUUAGAUCCCAAACAGUUAAACUGUGCUAUUAAGCGCGAACAUUUUCUAAUACCUUCUAUGGAAGAAAUAUCCGCCAAAUUAAGUGGUAAAAAAUUCUUUACUGUGCUUGACAUGAAGGACGGUUAUUGGCAACUUUUGGUGUAUGUUCCGCGCCAGAAGUAUUCCAGCGAAAAAAUUACGAACUCUUUGGUGAUAUCGAAGGCGUUAGUUUAUAUUUUGACGACCUCAUUGUGA